AUGGACGUACCUAACGUUGAUUCUGAUUCACAGUUGAACGACGUUGAGAAGUCUGAAGAGGCUCAAGGGGGUUCAUCUCCCGUUGAAGGAAACAAUUCUACGGAAGCACAGGCUGGUGGUUGCGGUGAUGCUUUUGUCCAAGAUGAUUCAGACGAUGAUGUCCGGUGUAUAAUAAAAGUUGAUCGUUAUACAGGCAACUCAAGAGGAUUUGGAUUCGUUACCUUUGAGAAUGAAGACUCUGUUAACAAGGUUCUGAGCGUAGGCGAGCAUAGGCUUAUGGGCAAACGAAUUGACCCUAAAAGAGCAAAGCCCUCACGAGAAGUAAUGAAGAAGAUCUUCGUCGGUGGUAUAGAUCCGGAACUUACUGAAGAAAGUAUAAAGGAGUAUUUCGGCCAGUUCGGUCAGGUUGAGUCUCUUGAUCUUCCUUUCGAUUCCCAAAAGAAAAAGAGGAAGCAUUACAUUUUCGUUAGCUUUUCAACUGAGGCGGCCGCCCGGAAGGCCAUCGCCAAAGAACGACAAGAAAUUCACGGACGUCAGUGCGAUGUUCGGGUUGCCGUGACGAAAGACCAGGCAAAUAAAAAUAAGAGUUUAAAGUGUGUUGGCUACAUUGAUCCCACGUAUGCGGCCUAUGCAGCUUACCCGUAUGGCGAUUACUCAAGUGCGUAUGCAGGCUUGGACCCCUACGCCUACAGCGGAUAUUAUGGUUGUUAUGAUUACUUUGGAGCUGCCACAAAUCCCAACACCGCUGCCAGUAGUUAUGGUGAGUAA